AUGGCAAUAGGAUUAAGCAUCCCGCAGUCACGGCCGGCUAGUUUAGUUAACAGAGUGCGCAUAGUGGCUCCUGUAUGUCCUCCGGCUCCGGAAAGCAGGCGACGUGCCGACUCGUCCAGUCCCGACAAUUACCCUCCGUCGCCCCCGUCCGCGUUCCACGUGGCUCCGCCACGUCCCCCGCUCUGGCCGGAAAUCACCGCGGAUGGCUUGCCGGCUGCUUAUCGCUACCACGAGGCCCCUAGAAAGCGCGUCGUCGGUAACCCAGCUAACGAUAUACUGGCUUUCUUAAGGACGGAACUGUCUCUCGGCGGUCUGGCCGACAUGCUCAAGCAUCUCUGGUUUGCUGGCGCAGAACGUCCCGCCACCCCGCUGCACUUUCAUGUCUCCAUGGGCCGGGAGGUCGCCAUCGCCGACCGGAUGGACCUCCACCUGCUCUGGUCUAAUAAAGGGAGGCUCUUCAUCAAACCCGUCCCGCGCUUUCUUCUUAAUCCAGCCUUUUGUCGCAGCAACCUGCAGUGCCCUGAUGGCUGUGCGUGCUAUAAUCCCCCGGCAGAUACGUGCCGGGGAAUAGCAAGGAAAGUCGCCUUGGGUUUCCUCUACACAUACGCCUUGGCCAGGGAAGUCCUCCAAGUGCACGAACGCGACCCAGAUGUGGUCCACCCACGCUUUCUGCGCGCCGAGCUUCGCCUCUCCCGCAUCAACACCAUCCAUCGCUUCACCCGCCUCCCUCCCUUCCACCCCUACGUCCGCGACUGGCACAACUAUAGCAGCCUCUUUCACGAUAAUCUUGCGUGGAUGGCCACUGCCGCUGUCUUUCUGGCCCUGGUGCUGACCGCGAUGCAGGUCGGCCUUGCCACGGAGCGACUCCAACAAGACACCACCUUCCAGCAGGCGUCGUACGGCUUCACCGUAUUCGCUAUUCUAGGGCCUAUAUGCGCGUUCGGCCUAGUGGCGCUGGGUACGCUGUUCAACCUCGUCAAUGACCUACCGCUGCUCAUCGGAAGACGGCGCAACUGCGCAGUGCAUGAAACCUCGGGUGAAUUGUCCUCGACUUCCGCUCCGGCCGCCGCUUCCACCUCUUCCUCUCCUAUUAAUAUAUCCUCCUGUUUUAAUUCCAGUUUUCUUGCUAAGCUGUAUUCCAUUAAGCGACCGGAAUCCAUUAGCCAGCCCAGAACCUUUCCUGAUAGCCUUUGGUUCCGGGAACCUAUACCUUGUAAUACGAGGCUAGGAUCUCGGUGCGUGCGGAUGCUGUUUGUUGGCCAGGGUUUAGGCUUCGGUGGUACUGGGUACUAUAUAACGAGGUGCUUAACUAUUUCACGGCCUUUUCCGCAAGCACAGUGGGGAGUGACUAGGCCUGGGACUUGCUACUUGAAUAGGAAGUCUCGUAGACCUAUUACUUUUGUGCGAGCCUGGACUAGUAAAAAGCUCUGA